CCCUCGAGUUGUUUUCCGGUCUGAUCAAUUCGAGCUCGUUUUGAAAGGGAAGAAGGCAUGUCGAAGACGCUGGUGCAGCCCAUCGGGCAGAAGAGGCUGACCAACGUGGCCGUCGUCCGGCUCAAGAAGCACGGGAUGCGCUUCGAGAUUGCCUGCUACAAGAACAAAGUCCUUUCUUGGCGCUCUGGCGUCGAGAAGGAUGUCGAUGAAGUACUCCAGUCGCAUACUGUGUAUACGAACGUUUCAAAAGGAGUUCUUGCCAAGUCAAAAGACCUGACGAAAGCCUUUGGGACAGAUGAUCAGACAAAAAUAUGUUUGGAGAUUUUGGAUAAAGGAGAGCUUCAAGUUGCUGGAAAGGAGAGGGAAAUCCAAUUUGCAAGUCAGUUUCGAGAUAUUGCCACAAUCGUUAUGCAGAGGACGAUCAAUCCUGAAACUCAACGCCCUUAUACUAUUAGCAUGAUUGAACGACUAAUGCAUGAAAUUCACUUUGCUGUUGAUCCGAAUAGCAACUCAAAGAAGCAGGCACUGGAAGUCAUACGUGAACUGCAAAAGCAUUUUCAUAAAAGAGCUCCUAUGAGGCUCAGAUUCACUGUCACUGAGCAGAAUGUUUCUUCUCUCCUGGAAAAGCUGAAUGCCUGGAAUGCUAGUAUCAUUUCAAAGGAUGAAUCUGCAGGUCAAAUAUUUGUUAUAGGUGAAAUUGAACCAGGAUUCUAUCGGGACUGUGAAGCCUUGGUAAGAAACUUGCAGGGGAGAGUGGAAGUUCUUGCAUACUCUGUGCAUGCUGAAGGGGAUACCCAAGUGGACCACUAUGAUGAUCAUGAGGACAUCCCAUCCCAGUCUGAACCCGAUUCGUAGUACACCUAAGUGAGAGGAUGCAGAAACAAACGCUCUCGUCUAAAAAAGAGAGCACUGAGGAGGAAGUGAAGCAAAACAAGUGCAGCACAUGCAAUGCAUUGGUAGGGGAUGCAAAGCAGUACAGGGAGCACUUCAAGAGCGACUGGCACAAGCACAAUUUGAGGCGGAAGACCAGGCAACUCCCUCCUCUCUCAGCAGAAGAGUGCAUGGCUGACAUGGACUUGGACGACUCGCGAGCAGAUUUGAAGGAUUACUCAUUCUGAAGCCGGUUUUGAAGCUACUGAGGUUUGGGUUUUGUGCGGUCGCUGCAUGCACCCAAAAUAGAAUUUUGGUAAACUAGUCUAGUAAAUAUUGCGCCCUCCACUUGUUUCUUGGCAUAUAGUCUGGGGGCGAGGCAGAUGGGUUGAAUUUAUCAAACUCUUGUGUUCGCUUUUUACCUUGUUCACCGUGUUUAGUCAUUUGUCGAAACCUGAAAAGUUGGCCUUGUAUUUCUGUGAAAGUGUUGGGCAGAAAUUUUCUGAGGAAUGUGAAGCGACCGCAUCGAGUUCCCGAGGACUCGACAA